AUGAACCUCACUAACCGUACUGCAGAAGCCAGCGUGGCUGUGAGACCUAAGACUGUCACAGAGAAGAUGCUCAUUUGCAUGACGCUGGUGCUCAUCACCACCUUGACCAUGUUGCUGAACACAGCUGUCAUCAUGGCCAUCUGCACCACCAAGAAGCUCCACCAGCCUGCCAACUACCUGAUCUGUUCCCUGGCUGUGACAGACCUUCUGGUGGCCGUGCUGGUCAUGCCCCUGAGCGUCAUGUACAUUGUCAUGGAGAGCUGGAAGCUGGGAUACUUCAUCUGUGAGGUGUGGCUGAGUGUGGACAUGACCUGCUGCACCUGCUCCAUCCUCCAUCUGUGUGUAAUUGCCCUGGACAGGUACUGGGCCAUCACCAAUGCUAUUGAGUAUGCCAGGAAGAGGACAGCCAAAAGAGCUGGACUGAUGAUCCUUACUGUGUGGACCAUCUCUAUCUUCAUCUCCAUGCCCCCUCUGUUCUGGAGGAGCCAUCGCCAACUCAGCCCACCCCCCAGCCAGUGCACCAUCCAGCAUGACCACGUGAUCUACACCAUCUAUUCCACACUUGGGGCAUUUUAUAUCCCCUUGACUUUGAUCUUGAUUCUCUAUUACCGCAUUUACCAUGCAGCCAAGAACCUGUACCAAAAGAGGGGAUCGAGCCGGCAUUUAAGCAACAGAAGCACAGACAGCCAGAAUUCUUUUGCAAGUUGCAAACUAACACAGACUUUCUGUGUGUCUGACUUCUCAACCUCAGAUCCUACCACGGAGUUUGAAAAGAUCCACACCUCCAUCAGGAUCCCUUCCUUCGACAACGAUCUAGAUCACCCUGCAGAACGACAACAGAUCUCUAGUACCAGGGAACGCAAGGCAGCCCGCAUCCUGGGACUGAUUUUGGGUGCGUUCAUUUUGUCUUGGCUGCCAUUUUUCAUCAAAGAAUUGAUUGUAGGUCUGAGCAUCUAUACCGUGUCUUCUGAAGUGGCUGAUUUUUUGACAUGGCUGGGUUACGUGAAUUCUCUCAUCAAUCCUCUGCUGUACACUAGUUUUAACGAAGACUUUAAACUGGCUUUUAAAAAACUCAUUCGAUGUCGAGAGCAUACAUAG